AUGGCGCAUCUUCACGUCAAGCCGGACCCGGCUCUCCUGAAGCUGGAGGCGAUGCAAAAGGCUCGCCACCACCACUUCCGAUUUACUGGCAGAACAGCCCGAAUCAGCUUCAUCUACAUUGCCGCUAUCCCCGCCGUCUUCGGCUGGGUCGCAUACAAGACAGACGGGCUGUGGGAUCUACGAGCGAAGCGAAAGGGCGACUCCGUCUACGAGAAAUAA